CUUCAAUACACGGCAACAACACGCCGACAGAGAGAGAGGGAGAGACACAGAGAGACUGGCUGGUUUGUUUUUGGGGGGGAGCGCAGGGAGCCUUCGACGCUGCGGAUAUGAACUGAAAAGAGGCACUGGAAGAGGCAGGGAUCGUGUUCCUAUAUCCCGAAAAUUGACUGUAAAGGUGGAAAACUAGCCCCCCUCCAAAGCCCUCCUCUCUCUCCCUGACAGUUCUUAUUCAGAUAGAGCUACACCCAAAGCCCCCGACCGACCCCCUCCUGCUCCUGCUGCUCCACCCCUCCGCCGCUGCACCGCUCCGGCAACCGAGAUGCACACGGAGACCCGUAACAAGAAAUGCCAGUCGACUCCAAAGCAGAAGAAGAGUGCUGUCAGUGCCCGGAAGAAGCAGAGGAGCCCGGCCAAGCAGCAGCAGCAGCCUCCUCCACCGCCGCCAUCAUCCUCAUCAUCGCCGCCGCCACCACCUCUGCCGCCUGUAGUCCAGGAGGAGCAGAAGAAGAAGAAGAAGGAGGAGGAGGAGGAACAGCAGCAGCAGCAACAGCAGCAGCAGCCGGCUGCCAGGCCUGGGCCGACGCCGGGGGAGGAGAAGGAGGAGGCGGAAUUAGGCGAGGAAGAGCUACAGGAAGUGGCGACACAGCCCGUGAGGGUGAAGGAAGAAGAAAAGAAGGAAGAGGAGGCAGGGGAGAAGGAGAAGGAGGGCGGGAAAGACAUGCCCUCUGUACAGAUCAAACCAGAGCCAGAGGAGAUGGAGUGCACGCAGGCAGAUGUAGGUGAUGACAGCUCACAGCCAACAAACCUGAAGGUGAAGACAGAGUGCAAGACGGAGCCCGCUUCACCUCAGCCGACUCCCGCCGAAGACCAGACUGAACCAGUCGACCUGUCGCUCAACAAACCCCGCACGGCUUCUACGACGAGCACCGUGGUCAACCCUGCGCCCAGCACCGUUGUGACCCAGCCCAGCCUGUCCGCCACACCGGUCCCCUCCACCGUACAGUCGAUAGGCUCCAUGGUCCUCUCUCCGGGCUCCAUCUUAGCCACACAGGGCGCCGGGGGCCAGCAGAUCCUCCACGUCAUCCACACAAUCCCCUCGGUCAGCAUGCCCAGCAAGGUCGGACAGUUGCAGACCAUCCCUGUGGUGGUGCAGUCGCUGCCUGUUGUCUACACCACCAUGCCUACUGACGGCGUCGCCACGGCGGCCAUUACCGUGCCGCUUAUAGGCAGCGACGGGCGCUCGGAAGGAUCCGUUCGCAUCAAACCAGGCUCAACGUCUCCGGUGGAGUAUCAGAGUGACAGCGACGCAGAGAGCGGCACGGAGUCCGGAUCGGCCUCCCUCAGCGUUCAGAGCCUCGACGCAGGGUCGGUCAUGGACUUGGAGCCCGUUGAUCCAGACUCACCGGACAUCAAGAGGCGGCGGAUCCACAUGUGCGACUAUGAAGGUUGUAAAAAGGUUUACACCAAGAGUUCCCACCUCAAAGCCCACAGACGGAUACACACAGGAGAGAAGCCCUACCACUGUACCUGGGAAGGCUGCACUUGGCGCUUCGCCCGCUCCGACGAGUUGACCCGACACUUCCGCAAGCACACAGGAAUCAAACCUUUCCGCUGCACCGAGUGCGACCGCUCCUUCUCCCGGUCUGACCACCUCUCCCUGCACCGCCGCCGACACGUGAUGAUGUGAACUCUGAUUUCCCCGCCCGCCCCCCUUCAUACCAACCUCUUGACCCAUUGAUUUCUCAAAAUCCCUCACAGCAUAUCUUGUACCAGAGCCCCACUCUUCCCAUAAACCUCCGCUACUUUCCUGUAGCGCCCCUUGCAGGAUAUGAAGCCCAAUCCACAUAUAUAAAAAGGACUCUUCCUCCUGCACCUCUUUAUCAUGAAAUCACAGCAUAAUCGGGGAUGUGUCUGCAUUUGUGUGCGUGAAUGGUGGAAGUGAGGACCUUUGCUGUGUGCGCAUUCCUACAUCAUCAUCACCACCACCACCACCACCAUCGUCCACCCCGAAACAGUCCUCCCUCUACCGACCGCCGCCUCAAUCACACAAGAUGUCAGCUCCUCAGAAAGAGGAGGAUGAACUGAAGGACAUCCAGCAGCAGGGACGUUCAUCCAUCCGUCACAUCACAUGUAUCCAUCCAAAGGAGCGGAGGACGGGGAGGGGACGCAAAGAGGAAUGGCGCGCGCACGUGUCGCCGUCGCCGUCGUCUGAAAUGAGAAGUGGAAGACGGACGCGUCGCUUCAGCUGCGCUUUCUGUUGUCACAGUAAAUUCUGUACAUAUCCAGCGUUUGGAAAGAGUUGUGUGACUCCCAGAUUUUAUUUAUGGAUUUUUGAAAGCAAGAUGUUUGCCUCAAAAGAGCCCUUUUCCAUCACACGAACAUUUCCAAGAACCUUUUCAGGAACUAAAGAAUUUUACAUUUCUUUCCAAGCCUUAUCGUAUUGACUAAACAUAUGGCAAAACUGGCAGUUUAUGUUUAAUAAUGUACUUCAACGUCAAGAGCUUAAAUGGAGACCAACCAUAAUACAAAUAAAUGACAGUAUACUUUGGAUAAUAAUGUAAAAUCUGUCUUUACGGGAGAAGUUCCUGCUGUUCACAAAUUCUUUAAAUUUCCUUAUAGCUACUUAAGACUCCAUUAUACAUAUAUAUAAAGAGUAUGUUUGUACACUGCUUUUAAAUGCUAAAUAGUCGGGCUACCUUCAUCGUGGAAGGAACUUUAAGUUCCUGGGGAUCCUUGGGUUCCGUUUGGAAAAGGGCUUAAAAAGUGACGAAAACUCCGCUGCCACCAAUUUGAAUGGAGGGUUUGCUGAACCGUGCAUAUCACCGUGUGAGUCUGUGCGUGUGCUUGCAUGCAGUGAUUUUUCUUCACAGCAGCUGAAGUGAAUUUAUAACGCCCUCCUUCACAAACACGUUUGGGGCUAAUUUAAUCUAAUCCGAUCAUCCUGCACACCCCCAUCGGAUCUCAUGUAUAACCCCCCCUCCCACCACCUCCCCCACCCCUUCCCCUGGUACAGGGAGCUACAAGACUGUGAACUUUAUAAAGAUUCAUUUGUGCCCAUCGUAUCAAUCACAUUGUUGUGUUCUCCCUUUUUCUGGUUCUUCUUCGAUAACAGUAUUUGCUUUUUAUGCGUCGUUGUUGCUGUUGUUUUUUGAAACAAGGCCUUAGGUCCUGUCCUACAUUUUAUUUAGUUCUUCUUUGCCAGAUUUGGCGCUGUAAACAGAAAGGAAAAAAAAGAAAAAUGAUUUUAGAUCCUUUUGUUGUUUUCUGAGGCUGUGAAAAAAAAAAAAAAGACAGAGGAGAAGCAAAUAGAUUGAGAACUCAAGCAAAACUCUCGCACAGGGAAUGGGGGGAGCUUUUUCCGAGUGUGUGUUCUUAGCGUGUGGUGUUCACGUGUGUGCGCGCGCGCUCGCGCGCGCCUGUGUGUGUGUGUCCGUCCGUCUGUGGACGAGUGUGCAUGUUUUGAGACAAAACACAUGAUCAGAGUUUAAGAUUUUUAAGAGUGUGUGUUCCGGGCACUUGUCGUUGUUUUACCUCUUGCCCGUCGAGCCUUAAUAACCGAAGUCAAUCUGUAAGGGCGAAACCAGAACCACUGACAGAAGACAGUUCGACCGAAGACCGACUGUGAGGGCUCUCCGCUUACUCGGCUACACAAUUUCUUUUUUUUACCUGAAAACCAUGAAAUGAGAGGUGCUAUUUGUGGAGAAUUUCCAUAUUUCAAUCUUAAUUUUAUUGCAAUUUCACAGAGGAGUUUAUGUUUACGGUGAGAAAUCUGCCAGAUGUGGCCCUAAAACACCACAGAUGUGGGCAGAUUUAAAGCUGAUUUCAAAUGAGUUGACAUUUUAAAGGUCAGAAUCCUGUUAUUCACGUCCAAGCAGUUCAUUUUGUAUUUUUUUAACUGUCCUGAUAUAUCAAACGUAAAAAAAAAAAAGCCAUUUGCGCUGGUUUUAAUAAUGGGAUGGAGCAGCGGGGCCGUGGAGCCAACAUGGCCGCCACCGGGAGUCACGGUGGCUCGAUCGUCUGUCAGUGGUUCUGGGAGAAACCAGGCACUGUGUGGGGCCGUCAGGGUCCGCAGUGUCUCGGGUUUUAAACCAUGGGGAAUAUAAGUGCUCUCCUCACUAGCAUUUCUACCAGGGUGGGGGUCAAUUCUGUCGAGUCACAAAAAAAAUACCAACAGGUGUAAACUCCCUUAAUACAAACCCCCCGAAUCUAAUUAGCACAUGCUUCACACGCGUCUUUUUUGGUGCAGAAUUGACCCCCCUGACCCUGCGCUCUAACCCACCCUGUCCAUGUCUUAAGUGGGCUGUUUUCAGCUCCUGAUCUGGGCUGGACUACUUGAUUAUGCAACAAAUAAAGCGGACCUCGCUCCAAGCGCUGUUCUGAACUCAGUAGUAGAGUGUUUAGCUGGUAGUCGCACCCCUGGUAACGCAGCUCGCAUACGCGUCGUGACAAGAACCUUAAAGCGGAGGCCGGGCCGCGCUGGUGAUCGCAGAGCAAAGUCACCUCUGGAGCUCCUCUGUAGAAACGAGAAAAAGUGAAGCCCAUGAUCAGAGGGACACGCUUUCAUCAGCCCCGACAUGUUGCCUCGCUGACUAAAAAAAAAAACGCAGUUGUCGUUCGCCAUUUGGAGUCAGUCAUUUCAAAAUAAGGAAAAAAAAAAGCUAGUAAGUGAGAGCAAAGUGUUCUACAUCCGACUUUUCAUAAUACGAUAACUGAGGCGGACGUGGCGGCUUCCUGUGAGCUGUGAGACACCAUGGACAGAUUGUUGUUUGGUCUGCACGCUGUAAAAACAAAAAAAAAAAAAAAAAAAAAAGAAAAUUUAAAAUAAAAGCCCAGUCCUAGCCGAGUGACUGAAUUUGGUCCAGAACCGCCUGGGUCCAGUCCACAAACUGUCCCAUCACGAGAAACAUUUCAGCUAAAUUCAGUCCCUCGCUUGGAGGGAUUUUUAUUUAUUCUUCUUCUUUUUUCUUUUUUUUUUCUUUUUUUUGCAGUGCAGAACAAUGCAAUGUUCCCAUUUCCCUUAACAUCCCCCCUCUCUGCUUCAAGUAAAAAAAAAAAAGAAAAAGAAGUUACUAAGCACAUCUUUCUAGAAGAGUAUAUGCAUUUGAUUGCAAUUUUCUUUCUUUUGUAAACUGUUGAUAAAGACAUUAAGGACAAUGACAAAUAAUUAAGAGAAAUCCAUGUACAUAAAUGUAUAUAAUCAAAAAGUGCAGAGUUAAUGUAACGGGUGAAUUUCUAUUUUUAACACUGACUAGAUAAUGUGAAAAAAAAUCCUUUUUUUCUUCUUCUUUCUCUGUUGGUUUGAUGAAAUGUGUUUCAUCAUGUGCUUUUAUUUUUAAUUUUUAAUUUUUUUUGGGUUUGUUUUCAAAUCUAAUACAUUUGUUACGUAGUUUCUUAAAAAAAAAAUGGUCCCACUUGUGUUGUGCACACUUGUGUUGCAUGAGAGUAGCCUUCUCGUUUUCUUCUAGUGACGUUGGUGAGCAUGUCAGUGUGUGUGCGUGUGUGUGUGUGUGUGUGAGACGGUGGGGUGGUGGGUCCCUUUAAAAAAAAAAAAAAAAGAAAGAAAAGAAAGAACGAAAGGAAGACCCCACCCCCGCCAUCCCGCCGAGAUAAAACACAUUAAAAGCGAUUAACUAGGGAUUCACGUAUUGCGACGGAGCCUCCGUGUUGCAGCACUGGACCUGAAUUUAAACAGUCACACACAAAGAAGCCAGUCAGUGAAACGUUGUUGGUUUGGGUCAAAUUUCUGGUCAGGCGAGGACACGGGAGACGACUCACAGCUGCUACUAGGAAACCAGCUCAGUUUGAAAGAAACUAGUCCCAAAAUGAAAUGAUGAGACAACUAAAAGCUAUUUUCUCCUGUUUAAAAAAAAAAAAAAAAAUGGAUGACGGACAAAACAUUCAAGUCAUCACUCACUCAGGUGCUACAUUGAAUGCUUUUUAGCGUAUUUAAGGCGGAUUAAAUGAACUCCUGUGAUAAACGAAAACAUAUUUGUCGACUUUCAGCAUCGGCUAAAGCUGAAAGCCCUGUUUCGUUAAGUCUCUCUGAGGAAAACAAAGAAUUAAUCACCGAAGCCAACCGAAAUGAAGGAAACUUGGAGCUCAGCUCUCCGCUGAUUUGUUAAUUCCUCCGGUUCCUGCCUCCACAUCAGUGCAGUGGAGGAAACGGCCUUUUCUGUUUAUUCUUGACAAUCCAAGAACAGUCAAGCGAGACGUAACCCGAGAUCCUCCGAGGAACGUCCAGUUACCUCUGUUCAAAGACGGAUCAUUCAUUUGUUAAGGAACUAUUUCCGAGAUAAUUUUGAGAAUCGCCUCAAAUAUAUUUAGCUACAGAGACAGAUUAAUAUAAAAAAGCUACAGCAGGUCGGUGAGAAAACAAGUGUCCAGUUUACUCUACCCCACAGAGCACAUGUCAAAUUGAGAAAUUGUAUCGGCCCAACAUUUUUUUUUUUGUUUGUUUUUUACAAGCACAUUCACAUUCAGCCCAGUCGGUUUAUUUAUAGAGACGCGCGCUAAAGCCUCCAGAGUCACGCCGAGGACGGCCGGGAGAGACUGACGCAUGUGUACGUGUUUUUUUCUUUUUCUUUUCCUCCUUUUUGCUUGUUUUCAUCAGUAUUCCUCGAAAUCUUCUGUUCAAAGCAGGAAUCUGUAAAAAAAAAUUAAAUAAAUAACAACAACCUGUCCCCGCUGAGACCUUCACGGGGACAGAGUUCAAGUCUGAGGUCCGUGUCCGUCUGCGUGCGAGUGCCUCGACUCACCACUUCAAAUCUGAGACUUUAGGUAUUUUCUCUUGAAUGCAGUAACUUAUGGGCCAGUACUAUAUUUACUCAGUGCAAUGCAGUUAUCAUUAUAAUAAUACAAUUAUUAAUAAUAUUUUCUUUUUUUUUUUCCUUUUUUUUUGUAUUUGUACAGAACAAAUGUGUAAAGAUCAGUGAGGAAAACGUGAGCUUUUUGAUACUGUGACUCAUGGUGUUUAAAAGUCAGUUUCUCCCUGUACAGUUGUGAUUAUUUUCCCCCCUCCCCUCCUUCUUUUAUAGAAUAAAAAAUGUUUUUGGUGCAAUUUAA